AUGAAACUCGCCUCAACAUUGAGACCAGUCUGGUCAAGACUGCACCACAGCACCGCACACCCAGCGCCACCAAAGAUACAACAUACUCGGCCUUCCUCAGCAUCAUCACAGUCAUCAUCCCAGCAAGGAGGACCCAGCACAUCGCCGUCGACUCCUCCAGACGCAGACAUAGACAUCGCAGCCGUCCGGUCCGAGAUGCUCUCCCGCCCCCGCAAGGCGAUCCACGACGUCCUCUCCCCCAUGCCCUCGCACCUCCUCAGCAUCUCCCUGGCCGACUUCCUCCCGGGGCCCUGCCUCCCAGCCCACUUCCCCUACGCGGCCUUCGCCUCCCACCCCCCGUCCUCGUCCUCAUCCUCAUCCUCAUCCGCAUCCGCAUCCGCAUCACUCUCCAACCCGCGCCUCCCGCCGCUGGACGGCAGCCCGCUGCCCCAGGGCCACCACCUCGUCUACUUCCCGCUGCACCUCCCGCCCUCGGCCCUGUGCCCGGACGGCACCGACCCGGCGCACCUGCCGCCCCUCCCCGCGCACACGCGGCGCAUGUGGGCCGGCGGCAGCGUCUCCUUUGCGCCCGACCGGUGGCGGGACGAGCUGCGCCUGGGUGGUGGUGCCGGCGGCAUUAUCCGGCGCGCGGUCUGCGUCGAGGGCAUCGGCGACGUGAGCCUGCGGGGCGGCGGGGACAAGGACAAGGUGUUUGUCGACCUCUGGAGGCGGUACGGCGCCCUCCCCGCCGAGAUCGGCGGCGGCGAGGGCGGCGGCGGCGUCGUGCCCGAGGAAGUGCUCGACCGCAUCGUGGCCAGCCCGGCGAUCGAGGAGCGGCGGACCUUGGUCUUUAUGAGGGAGGACAAGAAGAAGGACGCUGCCGCCGGGGAGCCGUCUUCAGGCAGGGUAGUCAAGGAGACAAAACUAAACGACAGGGAUAUUACAGCACCAUACACACCGACGUCGACGCUGGAGCUGCUCCCCAGCCAGACGCUGCUGUUCCACUUCUCCGCCCUGUCCUACAACGCCCACGGCAUCCACCUGGACACGCAGUACGCCCGCGACGUCGAGGGCCACCGCGGACUGCUCGUCCAGGGGCCCCUGACGCUGGUCCUCAUGUUCUCCGCCCUGCGGCGGGAGCUGGGCGGCAGGGAAGCCGUCCGGGAGAUCGAGUACCGGAACCUUGCGCCCCUGUACUGCGGCGAGAAGAUGCGGGUGUGCGUCCGGCCCAACGACAAGAAGGGUGCCGCCGCUGGGGACGGGGCUCAGAAGUGGGAUGUCUGGAUCGAAGGGCCCGAUGGCGGCCUGGCUGUCAAGGGUGUUGCUACGUCUGAGCCGGGCGUCUGA